UCUCUGUUCUUCACACUCGCUCUUUUGUUCUUCUCCUUUUCAUAUCUUGAACUCAGUUAUGGCAACAAGAAGAACCUCUCAAGACACCUCCAAAAGAAACUCCCGUUGGACCAUAAAAGUCGGAACCGAAGAAAACCAAGCACGGUCUUUCAAAUCCGAUGAAGAACAGACCAAUGGAAGAAGAACAGCUCUUAAAACCCAUGCAAUUUCUCUGCCGACACCGCGGAAGAAGAAGCUUUCUGCAGCCGCCUCGGUUUCCAUCGCCAGGCUUCGAUGCGUCGUUUCGGAUUUUCGGAAGAGCCGUUCGGUGCUGCUGUUCGGCCUUGGGUCACGAGUAGUCGGCACUCUUUUCGGUUACAGGCGUGGACACGUUCAUUUCGCUUUGCAGAAAGAACCCAAUUCUCCACCGGCUUUCCUCGUCGAACUCGCCACGCCGAUAAGCGGUCUGGUUCGAGAAAUGGCGUCUGGGCUGGUCAGGAUCGCCCUCGAGUGCGAUAAACGCAGAGAAGGAGAUCGUUAUGUGAGAUUACUCGAGGAAACCGUUUGGAGAACUUACUGUAACGGAAAGAAAUGUGGGUUCGCAACAAGAAGAGACUGCGGAGCUAAUGAAUGUUCCGUUCUGAAAACCGUGGAACCAAUCUCCAUGGGAGCAGGAGUUCUGCCGUUGACCGAAGCCGAAGGUGGUGAACUUAUGUACAUGAGAGCUACGUUCGAGAGAAUCGUGGGGACGAGAGAUUCUGAAGCUUUUUACAUGAUGAAUCCCGACAGCAAUGGUGCUCCUGAACUUAGUGUUUAUUUGCUUAGAGUUUGAUAGUUCUGCCAUGGAAAAUCUGAGUUUCUGUUCAAGGAUUGCUUUGUUGGGGAGAAACUGGAAGCUUGGGUUAUAAUUUUACUACCGGUUUGGGCUAGUUUAGGUGAGAAGAGGGAAAUUACAUUAUAACAUGAUCAUCAUGGUAGG